AUGGAAAUCAAAUUAAAUAGGGAAGUACUGUUGGGAAAAGGUGGCUUUGGUGCAGUGUUUCUGGGCACGUUUCAAGGCCGUGAAGUGGCGGUCAAAAGAGUUGAGCUUAUUCGUGCUAGUGCUAACGAGGAGAAAAGUCUAAAACAAGUCGAUCAUCCUAAUAUCGUCAAACUCUUGCACGUCGAAUUCACCGACGAUUUCAAGCACUUUGCUUUGGAGCUGUGCACCGCAUCAUUAGAUCAGAUAUUUCUAGAGCCUAACGAUCCCAACAAAUACAAAGGGCCUAAAUUGCCGUAUCAUUUUGAAAUUUUCUCCCAAUUGGCUUCGGGUCUUGAGCACAUUCAUUCAAGAAAUUUAAUUCAUCGAGACAUCAAGCCGCAAAAUGUACUCAUCUCGGUCGAUUCCACUGGCCAAGACGUUAAGGUAACAAUGAAAUGGGCUGAUUUUGGUCUUUCAAGAUCCGUGAAUGAACGCGGAACGUUCACGAUGGAGAGUGGAGUAAAAGGAACAAGCAACUGGUUCGCCCCUGAGCUGCUAAGAAUAAGUCAUGAUUUACGGUCGCAACCUGAAGCGAUGGAGCAGCCGAGAGGUACCGUCAAAAGCGACGUAUUUUCUCUAGGCCUCGUCUUCGCUUUUCUUCUUUUAGACGGGGAACAUAUUUACGGUUCUCAUAUAAAUGAAAUUCACGAAAACAUUUUGAAAGGGAGUGCAAUAAAUAUCAAUAAAUUAGAACGGACGCAUUACGCGUACGAUCUCAUUAACGAAAUGUUAAAAAUGGAACCUAAUGAUCGAAUAUCUUCAUCGAAUAUAGUUGAACGACUCAAAUCAGAAAAACUUAAGACUAAACCAGAACUGCAGGAAGAAUCAGUACCCAUUCCGGUCCUAUACGAGAUCAGAAAGCAGCUGGUUCAGUUUGAGCCGGGGGACUGGCGAUUGGCUAACAGCGGCAGCGGCACACCCGAUGCAUAA